GAGUUCCAGAGCGCUAGGAGGGUAAAGGGUUAAUUUGCGGCCAUGGGGAAACCUGAUGCUAAUUAGGUCUGAGGAAUGCCACAUUGUGGUAUAGUGGAGCUGCAGCCCUCAGAGUGUGUCAGACAUGGAGAGAGCCAGCAGCCAGCAGCCCGCUCCGGAUGCCUCUACUCCUCCAUAGUCACAGCCGGGACUGUCUCAGACUCAGCGGACCAGGAGCGGAGGAUGACCAAGUUUGGAGUCACAGGAGAACGUCUGUCUGGGGAGAGGAAGAUUUAACUCCCUCAUUUGGGACUCCCGACAUUAAUCUUUUGCAGACCCCAGAAUAGAUGCGAGAUGUUUUCAGCAGCGUCUGCGCUGCUGCUCUUCUGCGCUGCAGCCGCAGAGAUGUGCAGGGGCGCGCACUGCUACGACCCCAGACCGUGCACCGGGGCGCACUGCCCGGGCGCCAGAUCCGUCAGACCACCGCGACAGUUCAGCCCCUCCACCAGGGGCAAAGCCGCACAGGCGGAGGGGGAUCAGGCGCGCUCGGACCAGAGCUCCACGCGGACGCAAGUGGAAAGUUUCCCAGCGCUUCACGGGGGGCACGGAGACGGAGGCGCGCGGAGAAGGUGCGGCGACGCGGACUGCGCCCCCGCCACGACACAGUCCUUUAACGAGACCCGCCAGUGCCGAGGGAUCGAGUGCAGGCUGCCGCAGAGCCUACGAGCAAAAGCGCUGGGAAGGUUUUGUGUUGGAGACGGAUGUCCUGCUGCGCCGGAGGAGGAGAGCGUCCCCAGGACAGCAGGACAGCUCCCCCUAGUCCAUGUGUCAGACAGAGCCGCGCAGUUCCUGGCAGAUUUUCCAGACUUUGGACAUUCAUCACCGGAACUCGGCGGAGCGUCUCUGGGCGUCCAGCUCACGUGUGACAUAAAACCAGGAGAGAAUGAAGUCCCUUCAGAGGAUGCCCUCAUCUUGCACCUCCAGCUCUCCAAAGGUCAGGAGAAGCUGGUGGAAGCCCUGAGAGCCCAGCAGGUGAUCAUCCGUGACCUGCAGCAGAAGCUUGCUGACCAACAGGAGGCGCUGCUUUCCCAGCAGCGUCAGAUCCUGGACCAGCAGCGGCUCAUGUACGAGCAGAUGGGCGCGGUCAAGUCCCAGUAUGGCCUCCUCUCAGACACCUUCAAGCAGGUCUCCUUCCAGGGCCUGCAGGAUGAGCUGCAGAGCUACUUCGAGAGCCACCUGGCGGGACUGCAGAGCCAGGCUCGCAGCCACCUUCGCAAAUCCUACGUCAUCCAUAAGAUGGAUGCGGACUCCAAGGUGAUGGAUGCUGUUGGAGAAGCUCACCUUCCCCAGCCUCUGCUGGGCUGUGCCGGCCCGUGUGGAUCAGAGGAGUUCUGCGACUUUCAGAGGAGCCCGCCUCAGUGUGAGAAGUGCACUUUGUGCCCACCGGGGUUCUUCCUCAUCUCCCAGUGCUCUCCGACGGCAGACAGAUUGUGUCAGGACAGAGAUGAAUGCCUGGAACUGCCAAACAUCUGUGGAGAGCGCGUGAAGUGCCUCAACACUCCUGGGGGAUUCAGGUGUCUUGGAGUUACAGAUAGUGAAGCUCUGCUGGGUUUCUGUGGUCGCGAGUACUUCUACAACCAGGAGCUGCAGGAGUGCCAGGCCUGCUCUGACUGUGAUGGAGAGCCCGUCGCUGCUCCCUGCACAGCCGUCAGUGAUUCGGUGUGCGGCCAUCUGUCCGGGAGCCUUCUGUCCCAGUCCUGGUCAGGGAAUGUGGCAGGUCCUUCUGCCGGGACAUCUGGAACCCACAUCUUCUCUGGCCUACAGCUGAACAUACGAGGGAAGGAGCGGAGCGAUCUUCUGUCCAACGAGGCGGGGCUGGUGACCUUCCUGCAGCACGGUCUUGUGUGGUUGGAUCACAAUUUUGCAAUAAAGCACAACUGCAGGAACUUCCUUCAGGCAGGGAUGAGGAUCAAUGGGAGCCAGGCAGAGGAGGGUCAGGAUCUCAGCGGCAUUCGGAUCGAACAGCCGGAUGGGAAGUACUUCCAAGGGAUAAGCGUCAGCACGGGGGUGGAGGUGGAGCCCAACCAGACCCUCACACUGCUGCUGAAGAGUCCAAGCCAACACUGCAAUCAGAGCAAGGACCUUCACGUCUUUGACGUCAGCGCUCCAUCUUUGAGUGUGCUCUGGUUGUCUCACGACACCGGCGCCGUGGCCAUGACAGCUCAGAUGUCUCUGCUGGCGCACUACCAGACCAGCUACCGCCCGACGUUCAGCAUGACCUCUGUGUCUGACCCCUACGUGAUCAGCCUGACCCAUGACGGCAGAGCCGUCCGAUUCACAGAAAGCGGAGUAGUGAAGUUUGUCCUCCAGCAGGCGCUCUACUCGAUGGGUCACACCUGCGUUCGAGAGGGUUUCUCGCUCAUCGCCUACACCUCCCAGAACGGAACGGGCCAAGAAGUGAUGCGGGCUUUCAAGACGGGCGUGAACUACAGAGACACCUCCAUCACGCUGUCCGGCGCCGUCAGCGUGGAGAGCAGAGACACGCUCAGCUUUGAGAUCACUUCCCCGUCUCAGUGCAACAUCCGUUACUUUGGAGACAGCACCGGCAUCAGCAUGCUGAGCCUCAUCUGGAUUCCCUCAGCGGUGGCGUCAGCCUUGACAGCCACGGUGUCUAGAACCGGUCUUCCUUCAGGCGCCGUCAGGAAUAAGCCGCUGCUCUUCCAGCAGAUCAGCCCCGACACUCCCCAGGUCCACCUGGCCCACACGGGCCAGCCAGGAAGCCAGAAGAACUUCAUAUUCCAGGAGAGAGGGACAGCGAAUGUUGCCCUGAACCUCAAGCUGAUCCAUUCGUGUAAUAUCAUUAAGCUGACGUUGCAUCAGACUGGGGGGCAGCAGUCGGGACCCGUGGCUCAGCAGGUCUCCGGAUCCAAGCCUGAAGGGAGCGAGUGGGCCAGUGUUGGACUCAGAGCUUCCCUUCAGGUCCAGAACGGGACGGCUCUUUACGUUACUCUGGACUGCAUUCGAGGACGGGUCAACCACAUAUCACAUAAAGGCGGCACCAACGUCUCCAUCCUUUGGGUUGCUUUGUGAUCCAACACAACAGAACUGUUCCGCACAUUUUAACCUACUAUGCAAACUUUAAUGUUCCAUUAGAUGAAAAACUGAUGCACAGAUCACACAUUCUAUUUUUAACGUGUGCUACAUUUCCUGUUUGGACCUGCAUCCUUGUACGUGGAAUGAACUCCAAGUACUACUUGUACUUCAGGUACUUCAGCUGGUUGAGUAGUGACCAAGUGAUCUGUGAAUGUGUGGAUUUUUGCCAUCUUAAAUAUGAAUGAGUUAUUUAAAAAAACCCUUUGUUCAUUCCUUGCAGGUAUUUAGCAUUAAUUAAAUGUGAAAUGAUUUUUUAUUGUGACAUUAGAACUCAAAAGGAGUAGUUUGGACAUUUUAGAAAAACACUUUUCCUUUUUUAGAUGAAGGUUAGUAAGCUGCAUGAGUAAAAGUAAUUACACUAUAAACGCCAUGUUGCCAAAACUACAAAAUAUCCUUAAAAACUUUGAAUAGAAAUCCUAUUUUAUUACUGCAUCUAAAUAAAUAAAUUUACAUAUUUUGAUUCCCACAAACAAUAGAAAAUAAGGUUUAACAGUGUAUGCGUGACCGAUGGCAUUUGUUGCAAUCUAUACAUUCAUCACAAGAUGUACUUAUCUUGACUGUAAUUUAACAUAAAGGCCUUUACAGCAGUGGUAGCAGACCGGUAGGCACAGGUCCAUAAGACGGUCAGUACCCGAAGAAAUAAAAAAAACCUUGACCUAUGUUUUUUCUUUUUUAAUUUAACUGAUUCUGAAGGAAGUUUUAUUUUGAAAAACAACUGGAUUCUCCACCACAUCCAAUUCAUUCUUGAUGCAUGUCAAGUCGCUCUGUCACGUGUCUAGAAUCCAUGCGCUCCUUUCUGAAAGUGUCUAUGCUGAGGAUAAAGUUGAAUCCCCCAAGCUACAAAAGUAAAAAAAAAAAGUUUAUUUUGGCAGAAAAGAUUAUAACAGGAAACGGAAGAAGAGCUUUUGACUUCAAAAUAAAAGAAAGCUUCAUUUAACAGACCAAAACCAGGAGUCUUUCCUCAUAAUUUGGAUUUAUUCUUACAGUUAUUCCCACAGAUCAGAAUAAUAAUGCAGAAUAUUCAGCAACCGGUUGUCUAAUGUUACAAGGAUGCUUCUAAUAAAGUUGCUGAAAUGGUGGAUUCGUGCUUAUUUUUUUUUUAUAUUUAGGAAAUGCCUGUUUGACUUGCUCAAUGUGAAGUUUUCAUGACCCAUUAAUGUUGUGCGUUAGCCUCUAUGGUAUGAUAAUUUAAGCAAAGAUCCAUAAUGCCGACAUUUUACUCUGUUCUUGGUUUUCUUGUGAAAAGCUGGCCUUGCAAAUCCUUUCUAAUUGCCUCUGAGUGCGUUUUGUCCUCUAAACAAUUAAGCAUAAUGAAGAGUUUGAAAGAGUUGGCAGCAGCUGAAAUUCUUCAGCCUCACAUCAAUGCUCUUAGUGUUUUUGGUGCUGCUGCUUUAUUUUUUGCCUUAAAACCAAAUAAAAUGCUUUUAUUUUGUCGAAAAAAAA